AUGUGCAAUUAUUUUUCUUUCGUUUAUAUCUUUUCACUCUUUUUUGUGAUUUCUCUGUUUCUCUUCCUCUUUUUUUUUCAAUCUCUCUUUUUCCCUUAUUUCUAUCUCUCUCUUUCCCUUAUUUCUAUCUCUCUCUUUCCCUUAUUUCUAUCUCUCUCUUCUACCCUUGUUUCUAUCUCUAUUCAUUUUCCUCCCUUGUUUCUAUCUCUAUUCGUUUUCCUCCCUUGUUUCUAUCUCUCUUCUUUUCCUCCCUUGUUUCUAUCUCUCUUCUUUUCCUCCCUUAUUUCUCUCUCUUCUUUUCCUCUUUAUUUCUCUCUCUGUUUUCCUCCCUUGUUUCUCUCUCUCUACUUUUCCUCCCUUGUUUCUCUCUCUCUCUCUUUUCCUCCCUUGUUUCUCUCUCUCUCUCUUUUCCUCCCUUGUUUCUCUCUCUCUCUCUUUUCCUCCCUUGUUUCUCUCUCUCUCUUUUCCUCCCUUGUUUUCUCUCUCUCUUUUUCCUCCCUUCUCUCUCUCUUUUUCCUCCUUGUUUCUCUCUCUUUUUUCCUCCCUGUUUCUCUCUCUCUCUUUUCCUGCCUUCUUUUACUUAAUAAUUCGUUUCUUUUUCUCUUUACAUUAUUUUCUUCUCUCUUAACUUUCUUGCUUUCCUUCCAGUAUCUUUUGUCCUCUCUUUUUUUCCACCUCAUUUUAUCUCAUACAUUCCGUUCUCUCUCUCUCUCACCCACUGCCACCAAUAUCUAA